GGGGUGCGACGAGCUUUUGGGGUUUAGGGUUUUCAGAUUUGGGGAACGUUAAAUCCAAGCGAUUUCUAUUUCCGGCGAGGUUUCCGACCUCAAACUCACCGGCGGAUCAGACAGGCGUCUCUUUGUUUGCGUCGAGUUGCAGCGACAUUAAACCUCCGACGGACUGGUGCAUUUUCCGGCCCCGUGCAGACCUCCCACAACUACAUCCAACCACGCUCGCGUGCUCAGGUGGGAUUUCCGUUAGCUUUUCAGUCCAUUUGCAUAUGUGCGUUGGACAUUUUGAGGUAAGUAAUACGUUUGUUGGUUUCUACUUUUUGUUUAUGUCAGUAAGUUUCUACUUUCUAGUUUUUUGUUUUCAAUCGAUUAGUUUCAAGUUUUUGUUUUCAGUCGAUUUGCAUAUGUCUGUUAGUUUUCUACUUUAUAGUUUGUACUUGAUACCUCUUGUUUCAGUCGAUUUGCACAUGUGCAUUAAAAAGUAGAAACUCUAUCGCUGUUAAGAAUGAUUUAAAUUGUGUUGUAAAGCCAUGAGGGCUAUAAACUUGAUGUUACUUAUGCAUUAGUUCGAUUCUGAUUUCUGCAUGACGGGUUAGUAACGUAUGUAUUAUGUUCUCUUUAUUUCUGAUUUGUAGUUAAAUAUGUUCUCUUUAUUCCUGGUUUGUAGGUAAUAAAUACUUAAUAGUUAAUAAUUAAUAGUUACUUAUGCAUUUUUUUGCCUGCUUGUGUUCAUUUUCUAAUUUGUUUGUUAUGCAUUUCUCCUUUUGUUGUUGUCUUAUUAGUUUCUCAUUUAUUUUAUUUUUUCCUAAUUUUAGGAUUUUUAAAUUUUUUUUAAAUACCAUUUUUCCUGUUUUUUUCAAGCCCACCGUAUUAUACUCAAGAAAAACCUCGCCGUUUAAAACUCUCAGACGUUAUUUGUGACUAUGGAACUAUCUGUUUUUCCACAUAUAUUGGUUAUUGCUGUUUUUUUUGGGGGGGCAAAGAACUUGUUGGUAUGUCUUCUAAUGCUUUUCCCUUUUCUGUCUUUGUUUUCGGAAUUGCUGCUUGUAUGUGCCAUCCUAAUUUUUUUGUGUUAUUAGUGAAAUUGAUUGUCUGCUGCUGUUGUAUUUUGGUUUGAUCCUUAACCUUGCUUCUUUAUUGCAUUGUCAUGUCUUAACAUAGAAGUGGCCUGGCUAUGUUUCUUCCUGCCUCUUCAAGGGAGAGAGGAUCUUCAGUCUCUGUCCUUGUUUCAUGUCACCUCUUUGUUCUCCUUAAUUGUUUAAAAGUCGUUUUUUGUUUUGUAUUGGUUAUUGUGAGUGGUUUACACUUUUGGUUACCGUGUUUCAUAAUCACAUGAUGCUAUUGGAAUGCAUGAUUUUUGUCUCCAUCCAUACAUUUGUCUCACCUGACUGCUGCUUAUUGUUCCUGUACGUUGAUGGAUCCACAUUUUCUUUGACUUUUUUAAUCUUAUGAAAUGGAUAAAUACUUGAAGGUAAAUCCCUAGUUCCUUCCUUGGAUCAAUCAGUAGAUGGAGUGGAAGCAUUCAGGCGAUAUGCUGAAGCAUCUAGAGAAGCAAAGGGAAAUUCUCAUGCAAGCAUAUCGUUCAUUGUCACAUGAUCUGCAUACACUUCAGGUAGAAGAAGAGAUGCUUAUGCGGAAACUUCAUGAACUUGUUCCAGCCGAGCAUUCAUCUGAAAAGAGUAAUAUUGCUCAAAGUACUGCUGAUAAUAGAGAAGGUGUUCCUCCAGAUGCAUCAGCCUCUGAAACACACAAUGGCAUAUAGCAUGGUUUUACAGUUCAUGCCAUAUACAGGUGUUAGUGACCUGCUCAGUCCAAGUAAAGGCAUCAGGUUCGUAUUUCCUUUUUGUCUUUUCUCAAUGCUUUAAUAGAUGUCCUGGAUGUCUUUAGUCCCAUAAAGCUCAGAGUGUCAAAAACUGGUUGGACUACUGUCUACAUGGGGCUGCAAGAAGGAGGCCAGAAUACCGCAUUGCCAAUUGAUUUCAUGAUGUCAUGGAUGUGGAAGUCCCUCCUGCGAAAAGUAGGAUACAAGAUGUUGGUGUCAUACUAAUUCUCCUCACCAGCAAUAUGUUAUUAAUUUUUCUGAUUGCUUGAUCUAUGUUGGUCAAAUAUGUUAAUUGUGUAACUCAUGAUACCUGAGCAGGAAUAACCAACUUGAUUUUAAGCUA